UACAGUAUGUAUUAAACAAAACAAAAAUCUUACACAUAUUGAUAUAUUGGAAAUGGCAGAUGUCAACAAAAUGCAAAAUAAAUCAGACAACAACAAAAGCGGCGAUAAUCCCAACAACAAAGUGCUAAACCUGUUAGUUGUCACUUCCCACUAUCAUUUUUUGUGUCAUUCGCUACACCACUUCGCUUUUGAUUAAAUUUGCUGUCUAUGCUGCAAAAGCAGCAGCAUUUUUAAUUUACGUAGCGGUCACGGAAAGCCAAUUUGGCGGUGUAUUCAGCUUUAAGAAAAGUUAAGGGAUAAUUUCAAAGAGCAACUUUUCCUUGUAAUAAUUGGUUCUGCUAUGUUGAAUAACAUUUUUCAUUUUAACUCGAUACGUAAUGUCAUAGCUACAACGGUCAUACGAACACCCGCAAGGACAGUAAGUAAGCAAAUUCUAACUACCGCAACAACUGAUACAUCGACGCAAACCAGUUGUGCAGUCUUUGUGAAAAGAAGUAUUUUUGAUAGUGGAUACCGUAAGUUUUUUUUUAUAAUCAGCAAACAACGUGUUUCAACAAGGAAAAUGUCUGACGAACGAGCUUCUCAAAGUACGUCGGAAACGGAAGAAGCCGCGGCAAGUAGCACCGCCGGUGCCGCAGCGAGCUCCGCCAAACAUUCAAAUCGUUUGAUAAAUGAAAAAUCACCUUAUUUGUUGCAACAUGCACACAAUCCCGUUGAUUGGUAUCCGUGGUGUGAUGAAGCUAUUGAACGUGCACGCGAAGAAAACAAAAUUAUAUUUCUCUCUGUGGGAUAUUCAACAUGUCAUUGGUGUCAUGUAAUGGAACGCGAAACAUUUGAAGACGAGGCCGUCGCUGCAAUAAUGAAUAAAGAUUUUAUAAAUAUAAAAGUAGAUCGCGAAGAGCGACCAGAUAUAGAUAAAAUUUACAUGCAAUUUGUAUUGAUAUUCAACGGCAAUGGCGGUUGGCCUAUGUCUGUAUGGCUGACACCAGAUCUAGCACCAAUCACAGCGGGUACAUAUUUUCCACCUGCCAAUCGCUGGGGAAUGCCCUCCUUCACUAACGUGAUUACAACUCUUGCCUCCAAAUGGAAAACAAACCAGGAUUCGUUGAAGCAAACGGGAAAAGAUGUGAUUGGUGUGUUGAAAAAAUCAAUGACCGAAAAAGUUAACAAGGAUGUAUUUGAACCAGGCAGCGCCGAUGCAAAAUUACAAGAGGCUCUGGAGAUCUACAAACGUCGCUUUGACCACCAACAUGGUGGGUUCAGCUUGCGGCCUAAAUUUCCUGAAGUUGCGCGCAUAAACUUCUUAUUCCAUGCUUACAUCGUGACCAAGGAUGCAGAUGUGCUAGAAAUGGCGUUACAAACAUUACAAAACAUCGGUAGAGGAGGCAUACAUGAUCAUGUUUUCGGUGGUUUCUCGCGCUAUGCUGUGGACGAGGCCUGGCAUGUGCCGCACUUUGAAAAAAUGCUGUACGAUCAAGGGCAAUUAAUGACUGCCUAUGCCAAUGCAUAUAAAUUGACCAAUGAUAAGGCUUACUUAAAUCAUGCUGAUGGAAUCUUUCGUUACUUAAUGAAAGAUCUACGUCAUCCAGAAGGAGCUUUCUUUGCAGGCGAAGAUGCCGAUUCGCUGCCUACGGCUGAUGCCAAAGAAAAAGUAGAAGGUGCGUUUUAUGCCUGGUCCUGGGAUGAGAUCAAGGAGAUAGUGGAGCAAAAUAUAGAAUUGUACUCUGGGUUGAAUUUAAAUUUAGAAAAAGUGUUGGAAAUCUAUGCAUUUCACUAUGAUCUAGAACAAACAGGCAAUGUAGAGGGAAGAAGUGAUCCACAGGGCCAUUUUACAGCUAAAAAUAUACAUAUUGUGCGCGGCUCAAAUGACGAAACGUGCAAAGAGAUGGAUAUAACAGAAGAGCAGCUGCAAAAAAUACUGCAAGUUACCAAUGGGCUGUUGCAUGAGAUACGUGACCAGCGACCACGUCCACACCUAGACACAAAAAUAAUUUGCGCCUGGAAUGGCUUAGUACUUUCCGGUUUGUCGAAAUUGGCUAAUUGCGGUGUAGAAAAACGGGACGAAUAUAUGAAAGCUGCAGAGGAAUUAUACAAAUUCUUGUACAAGAAUAUGUAUGAUAAAGAGAGAAAAGUAUUGUUACGGACUUGUUAUGGACUCGGUACGGACGAUACUACGGUGGAGGUCGCAUCUGCUCAACAAAUUGAUGGCUUUCUAGACGAUUACACCUUUGUGAUACGUGGCUUAUUGGAUUAUUAUAAAGCCUCGUUAGAUGACAGUGUAUUGAAAUGGGUUAGAGAGCUACAAGAAAUACAAGACACCAGAUUUUGGGACGAAAAUAAUGGCGCAUAUUUCUACUCCGAGGCCGAUUCGCCGAAUGUAAUUGUUAGGCUAAAGGAAGACCAUGAUGCUGCUGAACCCGCUGGUAAUAGCAUUGCAGCUCGCAAUCUUAUAUUGCUCGCGCACUACUUAGACGAGCAGAGUUAUCAGCAGCGCGCCGAUAACUUACUGAAUUUUUACGCUGAUGUUAAUAACUUCGGCUACACGCUACCUGCAAUGAUGUCAGCUCUUUUAUUGCGUGACAAUGGACUGGAUUUAGUUGCUGUAGUGGGACCGGAUUCGGAUACUACACAGCGUUUUGUUGAAAUUUGUCGGAAAUUCUAUAUACCGGGUAUGAUUAUAUUUCACGUUGAUCCUGAAUGUCCCGAUGAAACUUACAACCAACGUGUGCAGAAUAAGUUUAAAAUGAUUAAUGGUAAAACAACGGUCUAUAUGUGUCAUGAUCGCGUGUGCCGUAUGCCAGUUACCGAUCCCGAGGAGUUGGAGAGUAAUUUGAAGGAAAAGUUUUUUAAGAACGAUUAAAAAUAAAAAUAUACCACAUUAUACAUAAUCUCAUAGAAAAAAUUUCGAAAUAACUGUUAUGGUGCUUGGUGUUUUGAUUAAAUGAAUUAUACUGAGCAAUAAAAAUUAGAAGAUAUUUGAGAAACAUUGGUGUUUUAAAUAAAAAAUAUUUUAGAUUUAAUAGAAAUUGUUCCAUGUUGAUCAAAAUAUACAAAAACUGAUUGUGAAUUGUGUGUCUGCACAGCAGAAUGUACGCCUAGCGUUAAGUUUGUAUUUUUGGCAAGUUUUGAAAAUUGGUUUUGUAUGAAAAUAAGUAAUUAUGGAAGAAAUGUAUACAUAAUUGCGAUGAAAUGCAAGUUUUAAUUCAAAUAAAAAUACGAAAAAGAGUUAUUUAAAAUCUA